UAUCCCUAUUUCACAGUCGGGAAAACCGGCUCUCAGAAGCGAAGUAACUUGUUUAUUGUCCGGCGUCUAGUGAGUCGCAGAGCCAGGAACUGAACCCGCCCAUUUUCACCCCAUACUUCCAGCUUAUUGCCGACAGCUCCCGAACUGGAGCCAGCCAGCCAAAGGGUUUCACCAAACGUGCUUUGUAAUGGGAGAUUCUUGCCUUCUUAUCUUUUCUCACGUUUGCUUCUCUGCCAGAAUGUCCUCCCCCACUUUCCCCAGAACCCAAGUUCUCCUAAUCAUCUUUCAAAAUCCCUUUCUCUCAACCACUGAUGAGCCGUGCCUAUUUCUCCUUCAAAUAACUCCCUACGGUUUCUAGCUGGUAGUCUUCUAUUUACCACCUCAUAGCCUUUUUAUUUACAUCCUACAAACGAUCGUCCAGCCCCGUGCCGUGGGACCAGGACGCUGCCUCGACCACGGCGGUCUCUUGGAAACAUGCUGAUUUGAAUCGAAACUGGUGGCCGUUUCCCAACCCCGUCUAGCAGUCCGACGCCUCUUUUCUCCUAGCCAACUUCAGGUGAGCUGUAUCAACUCUAUCCGUGCAAAUUUCUUGCUACGAGAGCAUAUUAUGAUCUCUGAUGCUGCCUCGGUGCUGAAGACCUCCCAACCCCGCAACGCUUAGCAAUCACCGGCUUCCUCCUCCACUUGGCUGCCUAGGAGAUCCUCUUCCGGGGCAGAGGUCGCCCCGCCCCUCCCCUCGUCUCCUCCAAGAUGGCGAGCGGCGGCAGCGGGGGGGUUUCAGUGCCUGCGCUGUGGAGUGAAGUGAACCGGUAUGGCCAGAACGGCGACUUCACGCGCGCUCUCAAGACCGUCAAUAAGAUAUUACAGAGCAACAAAGAUGAUGUAACUGCCCUGCAUUGUAAAGUGGUAUGCCUUAUCCAGAAUGGAAGUUUCAAGGAAGCCUUGAAUGUCAUCAAUACUCACACCAAAGUGUUAGCCAAUAACUCUCUCUCCUUUGAAAAGGCAUAUUGCGAGUACAGGCUGAACAGAAUUGAGAAUGCCUUGAAGACAAUAGAAAAUUCCACCCAGCAGACAGACAAACUGAAGGAGCUUUAUGGACAAGUGUUAUACCGUUUGGAACGCUAUGAUGAAUGCUUAGCGGUAUAUAGAGAUCUCGUCCGAAACUCCCAAGAUGAUUAUGAUGAGGAGAGGAAAACAAACCUUUCAGCAGUUGUUGCAGCUCAGAGCAAUUGGGAAAAAGUGGUUCCAGAGAACUUGGGCUUCCAAGAAGGCACGCACGAGCUGUGCUACAACACUGCAUGUGCACUGAUAGGCCAAGGCCAGCUGAACCAAGCCAUGAAAAUCCUGCAAAAAGCUGAAGAUCUUUGCCGCCGUUCAUUAUCAGAAGACGCUGAUGGGACUGAGGAGGACCCACAGGCAGAACUGGCCAUCAUUCAUGGUCAGAUGGCCUAUAUUCUGCAGCUUCAGGGUCGAACAGAGGAGGCUUUGCAACUUUACAAUCAAAUAAUAAAACUAAAACCAACAGAUGUGGGAUUACUAGCUGUAAUUGCAAAUAACAUCAUUACCAUUAACAAGGACCAAAAUGUCUUUGACUCCAAGAAGAAAGUGAAAUUAACCAAUGCGGAAGGAGUAGAGUUUAAGCUUUCCAAGAAACAACUACAAGCUAUAGAGUUUAACAAAGCUUUACUUGCUAUGUAUACAAACCAGGCUGAACAAUGCCGCAGAAUAUCUGCCAGUUUACAGUCCCAGAGUCCUGAGCAUCUCUUACCUGUGUUAAUCCAGGCUGCCCAGCUCUGCCGUGAAAAGCAGCACACAAAAGCAAUCGAGCUACUUCAGGAAUUUUCAGAUCAGCAUCCAGAAAAUGCAGCUGAAAUUAAGCUGACCAUGGCACAGUUGAAAAUUUCUCAAGGUAAUAUUUCUAAAGCAUGUCUAAUAUUGAGAAGCAUACAGGAGUUAAAUCAUAAACCAGGCAUGGUAUCUGCAUUAGUGACCAUGUAUAGUCAUGAAGAAGAUAUUGAUAGUGCCAUUGAGGUCUUCACACAAGCUAUCCAGUGGUAUCAAAGCCAUCAGCCCAAAUCUGCUGCUCAUUUGUCCUUGAUAAGAGAAGCUGCAAACUUCAAACUCAAAUAUGGGCGGAAGAAGGAGGCAAUUAGUGACCUAGAACAGCUAUGGAAACAAAAUCCAAAAGAUAUUCACACCCUUGCACAGCUUAUUUCUGCCUACUCACUUGUAGAUCCAGAGAAAGCCAAAGCUCUUAGUAAACACUUGCCAUCGUCAGAUAGUAUGUCUCUCAAAGUAGAUGUUGAGGCUCUUGAAAAUUCUCCUGGUGCUACAUACAUUCGGAAGAAGGGUGGAAAAGUUACCGGAGAUAGUCAACCAAAGGAACAAGGACAGGGAGAUUUGAAAAAGAAGAAAAAGAAAAAGAAGGGAAAAUUGCCUAAGAAUUACGACCCAAAAGUUACCCCAGAUCCAGAAAGAUGGCUGCCAAUGCGAGAACGUUCUUACUACCGGGGAAGAAAGAAGGGUAAAAAGAAGGAUCAGAUUGGAAAAGGGACCCAGGGAGCAACUGCAGGAGCUUCAUCUGAACUGGAUGCCAGUAAAACUGUGAGCAGCCCACCCACCUCCCCAAGACCUGGCAGUGCAGCAACAGUAUCUGCCUCUACAAGUAACAUCAUACCCCCAAGACACCAGAAACCUGCAGGGGCUCCAGCAACAAAAAAGAAACAGCAACAGAAAAAGAAGAAAGGUGGAAAAGGUGGCUGGUGAUGAGAAUAUUCUUGUUGCAGGCUGUUAUUAAACUAGUCUCAGUGACACUAGGAAUAUAAUAAAGGUAACACAGCAAGAAGCACAGAACUGCUCCCUCUUCAUCUCCAUAUUUUCAUAAAUAAUUUCUUGUGUUUCAGAUGGGGAAACAUCUUCCUCAAAGUCUGCCUAUUGGUUGCCUCAUAGCUUUGUACAGGUUAUGAGGACUGAAAAUAACUGGGCAUUUACCCAUGUUGGUAUCUGUUGUAUCCUUUAUGUGUGUGUGCUGAUUUGAUCUUUUUUCAGUUUCAGAAACCUUAUCUAAGGUUUCCCAGGAUUUAAACAGAAACUACUUCUAUUUCAGCUAGAGUCUGAAGAUAAUUGCUUCUGUUCAAGUCCCACUUUAAAUUAUGUCUUAGGAGGCCUUAGGAGACUGAAAGUGGAAUCUUCUGAGCAUUCCAGAAUAUCUGCUUAGAAAUAUCAUGUGAUAAAGAGGGACCUUCUUAAUACACUGAUGUUCUUCGACUAAUUAAAUGAAUGGCCACAAGAAAAAUAAAUGUCUUAAAUAAUUUUAACCAUAAA